ACGUUUCAUGGAAAAAUGCAAGUUUUACCAGACAUUAAAGCACCAUGUGAAGCACUUGCAUCCCCCAGCCUGGAGCCCUACCCGCAGAGCUCCAUCACGGUCACCCUGGAGGACAUGGGUCUCUGGAUGAAGUUUCAUCAGAUAGGGACAGAGAUGAUCAUCACCAAAUCUGGCAGACGAAUGUUUCCACAAUGCAAAAUCAAAGUCUCUGGCUUAAUCCCAUAUGCCAAGUACCUCAUGCUGGUGGAUUUUGUGCCUGUGGACAACUUCAGGUACAAGUGGAAUAAAGAUCAGUGGGAAGUUGCUGGAAAAGCAGAGCCCCAGCUCCCUUGUCGCACCUACGUCCACCCGGAUUCCCCAGCUCCUGGCAGCCACUGGAUGAAGGAACCUGUCUCUUUCCAGAAACUGAAGCUCACCAACAACACUCUGGAUCAACAUGGGCAUAUCAUCCUCCACUCCAUGCACCGUUACAAGCCUCGCUUCCACAUUGUGCAGGCAGACGACCUCUUCAGUGUUCGCUGGAGCAUCUUUCAAGUCUUCAGCUUCCCUGAGACUGUCUUCACUUCUGUUACAGCCUACCAGAAUGAGCAGAUCACAAAGCUGAAGAUUGACAACAAUCCAUUUGCUAAAGGUUUCCGGGAGCAUGGGAAGAACACUCGAAGGGAAGGACGAGCCAAAUCCCAGAAGCCAAGUCCAGCCAAGGGCCAGAAGAGAAAACUCCCAGAGGAAAAGGAGUCUGGUGCUGAGGAACGUGAUUUUGAGAAAGAUGAGAAUGUGGAUGUGAAGGAAGAGAGUAACCCCAUCGUGGUCAGCAGUGGAUAUCCCUUCUGGAUCUCAGAGCAGAACAGCAGCCAUGCCUUUCCUGCAGCAUCACCAGUGCCAGCUGAACAGAGGGAGGGUCCAGCCAGGGAGCAGCAAGUGCCCACACCAUCCUACCAGACAUACCGGUUCCACGAAGCUGGGGACAGCCAGCAGCUCCCCAGCCGCGACGUCGCCGCCUUGAACGACUUCCGAGCGAGGUGCCACCCCUUGGAUCUCGCCUCAGUGCCUGAGCACGAUUCCAAACAGCUCCCAGAGGGCUUCACCAACCUGCCUCCACUGCCCCCACCUCUGCCCCCUCCCCAGGACUACACCGGAGUGGUGAACAUGGCUCUGGACUCAGUGGGGAAACCUGGAGCUCGAGCGCCCGUGUACAGUCCUUAUGGCACUGAGCAAGGCCUUGGGCAGUGGAUGGUGCCACCCCACAGCCAGUACAGGGCGAUGAGCUACUCAGCCUUCUCCACAGAUUACAACACACAAGGGGCUUCGGGACAUGCCCACGGGACCAUGGCAGAGUGGAGCCAGUACCCACUGUUCCCCUAUGCCUGCUGGUGAGCAGGGAGGAUCCUUCCCAAUGAAAAGACUGAAAGAAAAUUGUAAAUGAGAACAAAUUUGUUCUGGGGUGUUAACCUUGAAGCCUUGUUUAUAGAAGGCAAAGAGGCAUUGCUGCAGAUGGUGGCACGGGAUGCCUUCACUUCCUUGUCUCCUUGCACAACAACCCUCACGGUACUUCACAAGCAGCAGCUAUACUGCUAGCAGUCCCAGCUGUGUCAGGGCACGUCUGGCUCAAUCUGUGUGUGUUCUGCAGUGCUUUUUCUCCAGCAGGAAUAGGAAACCUCAGGAACUGUGAGAGCGGCAGUGAAAGAGCUGUCGACCUCUGUCCCAGGUGCUUGCAUUUGGCAGUUUCCAAAAUCCCUUCUUCCCAGGACAUGUGUGCAAGGAGAUAGGGGCUGAGGAGUUUCAGUAAGCCAGGCCAAGAAGCUGUAGGGGAUUUUUGCAAGAAUGAGCCAAAAAAGCAAUCCCAGUGACCCCUUGAGCGGGUUCAUCACUUAGUAUAGUCAAACUAAAGUCUUGCCUUCUUUUCCAGGAGCAUAUGACAGCAAAACAUGCAGUGGUACAUGUGGCUGUGGAUCAUGCAGGCAGGGAAGAGCUUGUCUUCUGCACGAGAACCAGCAGCAAGGCUCUGUGUUGUGUCUGUGUCCCUCAUGCCCACCCCUCUCCCAUCUUCCCUAGAUUCGAGGUUAGUGAAACACUUUUCUUUCUGCUGGUGGUGGAGGGACAUUGUUCACAGAAUUCAGGGCUGCUCCAGGGCUCUCCAAAGGCCUGUGCUUGCCAGGAAUAGCAGUGCUGGCUUUGACACUCCAGCCUCUGUCUUUUAAAGGGAAAGAAAUCUUUCACUGUGAACUACUUCUUCCACCCCCAGCCACCAGUGAGGAAUAUAAUUUAUAGCUGUUGUUGCUGUGCUACGAAAGCUUUGCCUAUAGAUGCUUCUGACCAGUCUUGUGUCAUUCAUCAGCCACAUACUUUAAAAUAAUGAACACCACAGGCACCGAGCCACAUGCUGCACUGCUCCCUGAUGCAGUGCUGGGUGCCUCCUGGCUUCUCAGUGCCAUCUUCUUGCAGGCUCAAGGAUCUGCUUCAGUGUCACUUCCACUGUCAGAACAGUUUGACCUUUGUUACUGCUGUGGUCCCCUGUCCUGGAGGAGCUGUGCUGUCAGUGAGCAGCCCAUGGCCCUGUGUGGCAGAGAGUGUUAGAAAGGGAUAGUGUCCCUGCCUGCCAAGUCGCCCUGGCUGUGUGCUCCUUUUUGAGAUAGGCCUUUUGCUUCUGAGGGAGGACAGAAGUGUUCCACGCUGCUAUGCAGAGAACAUUUUCUUGUAACACUUCAAAUAAACUGCUCUGUAGUCCACAGCCAUCAGCAGGCAGUGAGGUGUGUGUGCCAGAUGGCGUUCUCUGCAUGCACUGUGCAGCAGUGUGUGUGAGCAGAGCAGGGCAGCUUUGUGACUGCUGGUGCAUCAGGAGUGGUGUGCAGGUGCAUGCUGCUCUGCCUGGGUGCCAGCCCUGCACAGCAUACGGUGUGGAACUGUGUUUAUUACUGUUAAAAUGACUUUGAAAAGUAGCCCUGCACGUUUAUGAAACUCAGCUACAGUGACUGCUUCCUUAUUUAAGUAGAGUAUUGCUAAUUGGUCUGUACUGCAGU